UAUACAUAUAUGUGUCUGCUUGUCUCAUUCACGUGUUGUAUAAAACGAUAUGUAGCACGUGUUUUUUAUUUAACGCAAUAGCCGCUGUAUUAAUAAUCGUUCAGAAGUGUUGUGUAAAAUAAAUAGUACAAUUCAUAUUAGAAAGAUGUUCGAAAGUAAUGACUGGGAUCUGGACCAGGAUUUACUGAACGAUGUCGAUGCUAAAGCAUUCGAUUAUUACUAUCAACUGGACGAUCAAAACACAGCAACGAAGAAACGUAAACUUGACACCGAUGGAAGCUCUGCUUGCUUGCCUAACACGGAUUCGUUGGAAACAGGGGCUGUUGAUAAAGGAAAAGACAAACAAUCUAGAAAGAAUUUAAUUCUUAAAUUGUUUAACAAGAAUUCAUCAGAUAAGAAUGUAUCUCAAGGUGCAUCGACCAAGCCGACAACAUCGUGCGAUGAUCCCUCGAACCAAACCAAUAUCAAGAGCAUUCAAGAUUGUGAGAGCACUCAAUUACCAAGAAAAAAGUUGAUACUUAACAUAUUGCAAAAGAAUAAUUCACGUAGUCAAGAGAUCACAGAACCGAAUCAUACCGAAAAACUGAGAUCAAAGACAGUUGUAUCGGACAGGGAGAAUAAUGCAACAUUGAAAAAUGAUGUAUUCAAGUCUCCUCAAAAGAAAAUGACGUUGAUCAGGAAGUUCCCUGGACCUGCUGGUUUAUUGCCAGACGACAUGGACCACAACGUCGCAUGCUUUUCAUAUUUAAAAAGCUUGGAGGAAAGCGAGGCACGAGAAGAUAAGACCUCUACGAAGUUACCCGAAUAUUGUUCUCAAAACACAACGAAUCUAUUCACGGAAGGUGCUUGGCAAUUAAUGUUGAACGAUUUGCCAGACAGUUUUCUAAAUGGAUACGAUAUCGCUUCUGUCAAGCAAAAGGCUGCCCUGAACAGCCGCGGUGACAUAAAGGUGAAGUUCUUGGCAGGAAUAGUAGAACAAAUAGAUUACAAUUACGAGAAUCCACCGAUCGUGCUGAAAGAUUUUUCGGACAGUAUUCGAGGCAUUGUCCAUAAAGAUAUAUCGUUAAAGUAUCCUGGUCUAUUAGAGUCGAACGUCGUCCUGUUGCUGCGCGAUGUUGGCCUCUUAAAGAUCCCGGGAAUUUCCACUGCCAAUAAAUAUCAAAUUUUGAUUUCUCCCUCUAGUCUUUUAGCGAUUUACGCUCGUAGUGGUACGGUAGAACGUACGGAGCAUAUGGAAUCAAUUUUCGGAGGUUCGGUAGAUAGGAGAAAGGCACAGGGUCGCACUUUCGCGUCGGACACCAAUACUCAAAAUGCUAGUCACGAUAAGAAAUUGAACAAGUUCGAUGACGACGACACGGACAUACCGAUAGAUCUCGGUUCUGAUUUAUCCUUUCAGUUUUUAUCUGAAAUUACGGAUUUACGAAAUGAUUUUGAUGCGUCAAUAUCUAAAAUAGUGACGGAGAAACCAAAGAAGAAAGAAGACUUGGGAGGGUCUUUGGGGGAAAAGAAGAAUCUAUCGAGUGAUGAUAAAGGGAGAACUAAGGUUGAGGAUUUAUCAGGAGGCUCGAAGCCGUCCGUUUGUAAUCCUGACGAGAAUGAAAAUGUGUUAGGCAAUUGCGAAACCGCAAAGACGAAAAAGGCUUCAGAAAAGAGACUGACUGAUGUCGACAGUGAUGACGAGUUACUAUCUCAAAUGGAUAUAGAUUUUUAGUAAUUACUUUAAUAGAGUAAUGAAAGAAAUCGCAUUUCCGAUUCACGUUACCUGAAUAUUGUUUAAGAUAUUGUAAAUAUCAUUUGUGUAUAUAUGUUUAUAACUUUUUUACGGAAAAUAUUCAAAUAAAUGGUAAAUAUAAAUUAUUUACGACUAAAAAAUGGAGUAGCAUGUAAUUGCAUUUGCAGUACAUGUGCGAAACGAUAUUUGCUAUACAGGUGACAGCGUUUACGCCAAUGGGAAUCUAUUGGAUCAACCUUGAUGUACCCUGAUUAUGCCUACGAUCGCGCGAUUAUGAAGUGCAAUUUACACGCAUUAGUUACGUGAGACAGAUAUCCGCGUUACAAUAAAAUCGAACAAGAAAUUGAGUCGAGAUCGUUUAAUACGUUCCAAAACCGAGUGAACAUUGAUCGGACGUAGCUCACGAUAAGAAAAUAAUACAAACACUAUCAUCGCGAAUAUGACAAAUUAAUAAUCUCCUAACUAAUCUUAUCCAAUUUUAUAAAUCUCCCAAAAGUAUAGAUACCCACUUGAAACAGAGAACAUUGGAUUCAACGAUUAACAUCGUUUUGUUCUGACUGUGGAAAAUAUAGAACGAUUACUGAUAAUGCGAUGUCGAUUAAUAUCAAUAGGAUUUCAAUGAUCGAUUUUACAUUAUUCUCAGCGAUUACAAAAUACGAAAUUGAGUUCGAUCUUGUCAUAUGCGUGGCGAAAAAAUUCCAUACAAUUAUAUGUUAUUGUUUAAAAUUACAAAAGGAACUUGAAACAGUACAUAUAUGCUUUCAUUCAAUCGAUGAAAGAAACUGCAGCCUCUCUGUUUUCAUCUAUAUCUUUGCUGUUCUUUAACGAAACAGAUAGCGAGCGAUGCGAUCAUUGUACGAUUGUAAACGUGAGAUUACAAUUAUCAGUCAUCGGUACCAGCCGGAUUUCAGAUCGUCGACACGGCAAUCCAUAAUUUCGCGAAACAAUUACGCGCGUUAAAUUUAGUACCGUUUUAGAUUAGACGAAUUAUACAACGGGUUCAUAUUGUUAGACUGUGCGUCUCGAGAUAAAGGAUUACGAGCAAAUAAAGCUUUUCGUUUAACGUGCUCGACGCUCGACGCAUCGAAAAUAAUUCUCUCAGGCGCUUUCCUCGUCGUACGAGCACGCUUACGCAGCGUGGAUUACGCUUCUCCCAUAUUUUUAUUAACUGAAAAAUGGUAAUCGCCGCGUAAAUAUUUCAUAUGCCCGUAAUUCAUAAAUCACGUGCGGAGUGUCGUUCUAGAAUCGUUGUCUACAAACAAAAUGAAUUUACAGACCUUAUUUCUUGUCUGGACUACGUUUACAGAAACAUUUUGAAUAUCCACUUGCGUCAAUUCUGAAUUUCGUAAGGCAAACAUUCGUACAUUAUUGCUAUAAAUCGCAUUAUUAUUAUUACGUUUAAUUUGUUUUUGGGCACGAGUCACGAGACGUUUACUUCAGAUAUAUCUGUAAUAAGUGAGAACAGAUUAUCGGAUGCGCGGCGCGUAAUUGCCGUGAAUUUAUGGCAGUGAUUUCGAAGAAACUGCCGAGGAAAAAUUAUGCCAAUUAUAUGAAUUAUUUUUGUGGGACAAUCGUUGUUAUCUCACUCACACACGCAUACGCGAUGUCUCGUCAACGACGAUUGUCCUGGCAAAAUAAUUUACAAGCUGGUAAGCGGCUUGCACACAAAACGUUUAUCAUCCAACCGGCUGUAAGACGUAAAGUUAUUUCAGCAACUCUACGGUUCUCCUUAGGCAAAAGUGCAUGUGAUUUGUCUUUGCAAGUCAUCGUGCAACGUGAGCUACGAUAAAUCGUAUCGUGUUUAGCUUUAAUCGAGCCAUGCACAUUCGUGGGAUAUGCAACACGAAUCGUACGACCGUAAAACGAAAGAAGAAGAAUUAUUCGCAGUACACGCGUGCACACCGUGUGCCAUAAAGAAAUGAAAACGCUGAACCAUUCGCGUAACUUCGUGAAAUUUUAAUUUCUGAUUAGUAGUCACGCGUUAAGUGACAUACCGGUGCAUCGCAGAAAGACGUUUCAAGCGUUUACGUAGAUUCUCUUACGAUUCGAUUUGUGUAUAUAUACUUUUUACUGAGGACGUUGCGAAACGAGAAAAUAAGUAGCACACGUCGUACGCGAGCCCUGCCUAUCGUAUAAUUUUCCAACAAUUUAUUUCUCGAUAAAAUUACACAGUUAUCUCUGCAGAUUUUCUAUCUUCGUCCUUUCUCUCUCGCGUGAAGAAUGUAUCUUUACUCGGUGCCAAUAUAGUACAGACAUUGAAUAAUAAUAUGUACGCGAGAUAAUACAAAUUCGGAGAUAAGUACUUAAGCGAAAGACAGCGCGUCACGUUACGAGCGCAGAACAGGCGACGGUGGUUGACGGAUGACCGCACGAACGACUGAAUGAAUUGUCGUAACCGCGAUCGCAAUUGACGUACACAAAUGCGUUUACCACCGAAAAAGGUAUAACGCGAGUACGUGUCGAAAUUAUUAAUUCCCUCGAUUUAAUCGGGAUCGCAUACCUACGUGGCCCGAGUAUGCGUGCAUGCACGUACAUAGCAUAGAUAGACGCGUCGUACACGCGACACGGCAGCACUUGCCCGUUCGUGGAAUUAGUUUGCCCAUUAUUCGUUGAUCCGAUGUAAGUCACGUGUGGCCAGGGGAAAAGAAGUUAAUCUGUCUAUCGGACUGGUGCCGAACUAUCGGUAAGUCGUGACCGCGGAAAAAGCGAGCGAUCCUCGAUAGGCGAGCAGAUAGAGAGGGGAUAAAUUCGUACAACGCGCGGAGUCCCCGACGAGGAUAGCACAGGCAGGGCAGAAUGGCACAGACACGGGGCACAGUACAGCCGGGCGCGCGUCGCGAAACAGGUGAUGGUGCAUUCGUUGAAAAAAGUAACGAUGCCUCGUUUCGAUUGAUCUCGGUCGAAAAUCGGAAGAACGGAGAAAUUCGGGAUAGUACGUACGAAUUCUUCGCUUUCGACAUCGUCCAACCGACGUGACGACUUUGUGCCAUUUCCUGCGCGCUUUAUCCCGCCUUAGCGGUCUACGGAUUUAAUUUUCUCUUUCCCGAGCCAUUUUACAUUUCGUCUUGAUGAUAAGUACCGAGUUUUCGAAUUGAUGAAACUCACGAAGAUACGCGAGAAUCUCUAAAGGAAUCGUAACGGUGGAAAUUCGAGGAGCAACAGAAGCUGACUAGGAAUGCACGGACCCGUGAUCGCUGCCCGGAUUACGUUCCCGUGGAAAUAAACUUCGCGAAACUUAAACGAAGUUUCAAUCCGCGAAGGACGGAAGUUUCCAUUUGACGUCGUCUCAAGUUCAAGGAAAGAAUUUGAGGACUCGUGGACAUCGUAAGAGCCUAAAGAGUUAUGACAACGGCGAAUGG